AUGCUGACUUAUAACUCGCGCAUGGAUAUAGUGCGACCACCUGCUCGUUUCGUGGAAAACCCCCGGUCGGUCAAGGCGGUGGCUGACAGAGAAAGGGAGAAAAGACGAGCCCAAGGCAUGGGCUCCGACAGCCCCGGCAGGCCCAGGCAGAAAUUCUGCGGGAUGUUCUGCCCGGUGGAGGGAUCCGCGGACGGCAAGACUCUGGACCUGGACGCGCUCUCGGCGUGCAGAGGCAGGAGCGCAGGGCGAGUCAUUGACCGGCAGACCGACAUCUCCCAGCCCAAGAAGGUGGAGAUAAGGGAGAGCACGGGGAAAGAGGCUCUCCAGAACCUCGGUGACAACCAGCGGUCCAGGGCGCUAAAAACCCACCGGCGAAAGAUGUCUGGCUACCAGGGCAAAAAGAACAUCCCCCGCAUCACAAGUGACCGUCUCCUGAUCAAAGGAGGAAAGAUUGUGAACGAUGACCAGUCCUUCUGCGCUGACAUCUAUAUGGAGGAUGGAGUCAUUAAACAAAUUGGAGAGAACCUCAUUGUUCCCGGGGGGGUGAAAACCAUCGAUGCCCACGGUCGCAUGUUGAUGCCGGGCGGCAUCGACGUGCACACGCGCUUCCAGAUGCCGGACCGGGGCAUGACGUCUGCGGAUGACUUCUACCAGGGGACCAAGGCGGCGCUGGCCGGCGGCACCACCAUGAUCAUCGACCACGUGGUCCCUGAGCCUGGCAUCAGCCUCAUCUCAGCCUUUGAGCAGUGGCGGGAAUGGGCCGACAGCAAGUCCUGCUGCGACUAUUCGCUGCAUAUGGACAUCACUGAAUGGCACAAGGGAAUCCAGGAAGAAAUGGAGGCACUGGUGAAAGAUCAUGGUGUCAACUCUUUCCUGGCUUACUUGGCUUACAAAGAUAUUUUUCAGCUAACCGAUGCUCAGCUGUAUGAGGUGUUCAGUGUCAUCCGCGAUCUCGGAGCCAUUGCCCAGGUUCACGCUGAGAAUGGGGACAUCGUAGCUGAGGAGCAGCGCCGGAUGCUGGAGCAGGGGAUCACUGGGCCAGAAGGACACGUGUUGAGCCGUCCUGAGGAGGUGGAGGCGGAAGCCGUCAACCGUGCCGUGACUGUAGCCAAUCAGACAAACUGCCCCCUGUACGUCACCAAGGUGAUGAGCAAGAGUGCUGCGGAUGUCAUUGCUCAAGCCAGGAAGAAGGGUACUGUGGUCUAUGGAGAGCCUAUCACGGCUAGCCUGGGAACUGAUGGGUCACACUACUGGAGCAAGAACUGGGCCAAGGCAGCGGCCUACGUCACCUCCCCUCCCCUGAGCCCCGACCCCACCACCCCGGACUAUCUCAACUCCCUGUUGUCCUGUGGUGACCUGCAGUUGACAGGGAGUGCUCACUGUCCCUUUAACACCGCUCAGCGUGCAGUGGGAAAAGAUGACUUCAGCUUGAUUCCUGAAGGUGUCAAUGGCACCGAGGAGAGAAUGUCCAUCAUUUGGGACAAGUGUGUGGUGACGGGGAAAAUGGACGAAAACCACUUUGUGGCUGUGACCAGCACCAACGCCGCCAAGAUCUUUAACCUGUAUCCCCGCAAGGGCCGCAUCGCCGUGGGCUCCGACGCCGAUCUGGUGCUCUGGGACCCGGACGUCACGAAGAUCAUCUCUGCCAAGAGCCACAACUCGACUGUGGAGUACAACAUCUUUGAGGGCACGGAGGUCCGUGGAGGGCCCCUUGUGGUCAUCAGCCAAGGCAAGAUUGUGUUGGAGGAGGGGAACCUUCAUGCCACUGAGGGUUCUGGACGCUAUGUGCCCCGUAAACCAUUCCCUGACUAUGUGUACAAGAGGAUAAAAGCUCGCAGCAGGCUGGCCGAACUGAGGGGUGUACCCAGGGGACUGUAUGACGGUCCAGUCUGUGAGGUGUCGGUCACUCCUAAAACGAUGACCCCCGCCUCUUCUGCUAAGACGUCACCCGCCAAGCAGCCCAACCAACCCGUCCGUAACCUGCACCAAUCCGGGUUCAGCCUAUCUGGUGCUCAAGUAGAUGACAAUAUUCCUCGCCGGAAUACCCAGCGCAUCGUGGCACCUCCAGGCGGCAGGGCUAACAUCACCAGCCUGGGUUAGAGCUCCGUCCCCUGCUGAAGAGGAGGAAAAAUACAGAUCUGUGGAAGGAUGGCCUUCAGGAGCUCAGCAAGUCAAAAAGCAACGUUACUACUACACCUGAAGCCAAAUCCUACCCAGCACCUGAGCGGGCCGUCCAACCUCGAUCUGACGCCUCCUCCUCGAUCUCCUUUCGUUUCCCCCACAAACCCACGCUCCUCAUCCCCUAAACCUGAUCCUAGUGGACACAGUAAGAAACAAGAAAAAAAAAAUCUGCCUCACAUGAUAGGAAAAAGAGGAAAAAUGUAACACUGCUUUUUUGAGCACUUUUGUUAUUUUGUUGUAUUUCUUUUUUAUACUGUACUCGCUCCCUGCCAUGUGUCCUUCUGAAACGUUGCUUUGCUGUGUUACUUUCAUUAAGGUCAGCUGAAAACGAAACCGAAUUAACACAGUCGAGGAAAGAGCGUACACUUCAUUGUAAUUCCAUUCAUUCUUUUCAUUUUCGGAAGAAGCUGAAAUGGAGCAUGGGUACAAAACCAGUAUUGUUGUGUUUUCUUCUUCUUUCCUUUGUUAAAUAAGCCAAACAUGAGGUUACUUGUUUUUGAACAGUCUUACACUUUCUGCAGCCAACUCAAGAAUUUCCAAGCUUUUGACUAUCUGACUACAUGUGAUUUUGAUUGAUGGUGUCCUCUGAGGGCUGUCUUGAGAUUUGGCCUAAUUAAACACAGCACAGUCUAUUAUUAUCACUUUUAACUGUCAUUGCAGUGGCUCUCAAGUUUCCCACCUGUGGCUCUGCAAAGGUGUACAAGUUAUGAGUCGGCUGGAAUGUUAUGGAGCUGAGGGGACUUUGGCACGUAAUAAAAAAAUCUAAUCAAAUAAAAGAAAGUUUCAGGUCUCCAUUAAAGGAGAAGUAUGUAGGAUUUAGUGACACCUACUGGUGGAAAAGCAGAUUGCAACCAAUACUAUAACUUUCCUCUAAAUCGACUAGGCACAUAAGAAUCUGAGAUCCUGGCAGCCAAAGAGCAAAAAAAAAAUGAUGAAACUCCCUUACCAGAACUAGGGUUUGUUGUUUUAUUUCUUGGCUACCAUGGAAACACAAUGGUACUAAAAUGGGGGACUCCCUGAGGAUGGACCUGCUCCAUCUGUAGACAAGUCAUUCUUUUAAAUAGCUAUACACAGACCAAAACCUAAUCCUAAACACUGUACUGAGCUUAUGACGAAAGACCCCUCUAAAUCCUACGCAAUUAAACUUUAAUUAGGAGUCAUAGAGGUUAGAGAACGUUUUACUCACUUCGAAUUUAGCCUUUCCUUGCCUUAUUGUCUCUUAACUUAGAGAGUCAGCUUAGCAAAGAGAGAGUUUACAAGAGCGGGAAAGGUGCCAUUGAUGAUGCAGAUGCUCAUUUUUCACUUCAUUUGUGUUGUUAUGAAUCACUACAGUCGACGUUUCUUUCUUGACAGCUGCAGAAGCAUCUGACAGCCGUCCAACCACCAACCAGUGCAUUUACACACAGAAUGUUUCUCUUCCUCCAAAUGUAUCUUUUGUACACAUCAAAGUCCCUCUUUCCUUUCUACUCUUUAUGUGCCUGAACCCACAGAAGUUGUACUAAUAGUCUGAUCUUCUAAUACCUGUUUUUGUUAUUCUUUAUGAGGUGAGUGAAGGAUGUAUGAUAAAAAAAAAAGAUGUAAAAUAGCCAGGAUUAACCGAUUCAAAGGUGCCAGACUUUGCGCUUUCGUAGGGCCUAUUGUGCCAAUAGAGCCCCUGUAAAGACGAAAAAUGCUCGUUAUCUUGAAAUGUUCUAAUGUUUUAGAGUUUUUACCUUGUUGUCAAACUGCUUUUUAGUGUUAUUCUGUAACUAGGUGCCUAUGGGCCGAGCACUAUUGAUUUUAUGCUUGAAAGUAGACAUGAGCUAUUGUACUUCUGACCAGUGUGCGGUGUUGAUGUGUGAGGGAUGGGACACGCGCAGGAAGCUCCUGUGCAACACCACUAAUGGUUUCCGAUGUUACGUCACGCUGGGGCAAUCUGUUCAAAUGCUAUCUUUAACAAUCUGGUUUUUAAUAAGCCAUUAUUAAACAGAAUUUUCCAUGCUCCUAAUGAAAUCGAAACAGUCCUGACCAUAUUUCUGCAUCCUAUAUUUCAUUUCCCAGUGAGUCAACAGAGAACAAAUAAACUCAAACGGUAGCCAGUUCUUUCAUUUUGACCGUGACUUAAUGAACACCACGGCUUUCUGUUUUUUCUUUCCUGCUGCAGUCUGUAGAAGGCCAUCGCUUUUCUAACUGAUGCAAAAUCCAAGGAGGUGGUCAAUGACGGCUCGCUAAAGAAAUGAGGAAUCAGAUUUUCGCCACAGAACACACGACAAACACCUUUUCUCUGUUAAAUUUCCUGUUUGUACAAAUAGAGUUUUUAUUUAUCAUCCGAGCGAACAUCAGUUUGCCUCUUUUCACCACAACAAACAGCAAAAAAAAAAAUCCAUUUGGUGGCCGUCUGGGCCUGGUCGAGGUUAAUGUCCAGCACGGCUGACACAGUUUGGCAGCCACCAUUCCUUUCGCUCGCCCCCUUCCUUUCUGUAACUCCCUCCCCCUGCUCACUUCUUUGGUUGUUUUAAGGCUGUUGCCCCUGGCAAUAGACCCCUUCCGCACACUGCUUCUUUGUUUGUCAUGGCAACGCUUUGUCAAACCGGAGGGGUGACCCGGUGCACACACACACACACACAUUUUUUCAAUUAUUCUGUUGCCGUGCGACAAACGCGUCUGCAUAGUCCUGCGCUGAAGUUGAGUGGAAUCCAGACUAGGCCGCAUCCACACCAAGUCUGUUUUUAAAAAAUCAGGGUGCCAAACCGUAAAAAAAACAUCCGUUGCUGCGAUGCACGGCCCACAACUAAAGAAUGAACCGAGAUACUAAAGAAAAAGAAACAUUUAUCAGCGCUGGCUCUUUGCUGUGUCCCAUGCCUCCUCUGUCUACACACACAUACACACACACAUACACACACACACACACUUAUGCUCCUUUGAUGCUCUGUCAGCUUGGAUGCUUUUUCUAUGCCAUAUUAUGCUAAUGAUAUACGAGUGACAUGUAUGUACACAACGUGCUGAAGUUGAGAGGGACUUCCUUCUGUUCUGAGGUUGUUGAUGCUGUUGAACACCGUCUUUCCCCUAAAGCCCCUUAUAGUCACACCCCCCCCUACCCCUCCCCAUGUGAGCUUUCCCCCACCUUUGUGAAAGUGAAACUGUGUGAUGGUGUUUGUCUUGGUGGCUGUGGGGUUUCUGGGAUGCUUGCUUGUUAUGGGAAAAGUGACAAAACCCUUGGAUAGUGACGUUAAAAAAAACAAAAACAAGAAAACGAAAGAAGCAACAAGGAUUUCAAUUAAUAAAAAAAAAAAA